AGACACAUGACCCUACAGAAUGGCAAUGAUUAGAGUAAUAUUGCUGAUAGCACUGCUCUCAGUAACAACGUGCUCGGUGGUCCAGGGGAUUGCACCUCGAGGAGAAUUGGCUGCUUCAGGGACGCUGCGGACAGAGCGAUAGCCGGUGGAAUCAGGUUACGUUCAAACAACCCCAUUGUUGACUGCGCAAACUAUGCUGGAGCCAGAGGCUGGACCAUAUUUGCAGUCCAAUACAACAUUGAGUGUUUCACCGCAGAAAAUGCUGGUCAAACAUACAACAGAUACGGAGGGGCGAAUAACUGUGUAAAUGGUAGAGGAGGCGGCUAUGCACAGGAUGUAUACGAGGUUUCAUGUGAACCUGAGUUUGAAUGUACAUCUGAGGAAACGGGACAAACACUGGGGCCGAACGAAUCGUACAUCAACGACUACGGAAAGAGGUGUGUAUGUGGCUCAGAGGGAUUUGUGUGUCUUUGUGAUGACGCGUCCAUGUCCUGCCCUGCUGGAAGUAGCAAAUGGACUGAUCAACUCACCUGCACAGCUAAAUGCAUCAAAGAUGCGGCACAUUGUUCUAGUUCUGGUGAUCCUCAUUACCACUCGUUUGAUGGCAAGUACUACGAUUUCCAUGGAACAUGUACAUACCAGGCAGCCAGUUGUGAUGAUUUCCAGGUUAACUUCAAAAAUGUAGAUUUAUAUGGACGUGCCCCGAGAUUCACCAAACGAGCGGAACUGGAAUACAAAGGGAAAGUGUUCGCUAUUGAGAACGGAUACGUAGCAACUGUUGACGGAGAAAGGGUGCAAGUGCCCUAUGUAAAGAAAUACACUUCGGGAGAUUCAGUUCAGAUUCAAAACAACGGAGAGUUGGAGAUUGUAUUUUACCAAAACAGCAAGGGAAGGAUUCCUGCUACCAGAAUAAGAGCUAACAAUGCUGGGCGGUACAUCAACGCAGAGAUUUCGUUACACGGUUCUUGCUCUGGCGAAACUGAGGGAUUGUGUGGAAACUGGAACGGAAAUGCUGCUGAUGACCUGACCGGGGGCUCACCAAACUCUCUUGGAGUUAUUCACCAGCAAUACGAUGAGAACUGUCCUGCCCCACCAGCCCCGUACCACCCAUGUGACGACAUUCCUCAAGGUCACGAAUCUGCUGCACUCGUCUGUGAUGCUCUGAAAGGGGCACCGUUCAGCAGUUGCCAUUCAACUGUUAGCUAUGGAGAUUUAGACGGUGGUGUGUACAGGAACUGUUUGACAGAUGUCUGUAAUUGUUACAUGGAUCAGACCUGUGCGUGUUCCCAAUUUGAUAUAUAUGCCGUACAAUGCAACCAAAAUGGAGUAGAUCUCUCUAACUGGAGAGAAAGUGUGGAUUAUUGUCCUUACGUAUGUCCGGAGGGACUAACAUAUCAUGCUUCUGCCUCAAUUCCAUCACCAUCCUGUCUGGACAGAAACCCUGAAGAGGAGUCAACAGCUCGAGGAUGUUUCUGUCCUUCUGGACAGUUCCUCCAAGAUGGUGUUUGUGUUGAAGCGAGCCAGUGCAAAUGUAUCUAUGAGGGAAAAUUCUACAAUGUUGGAGACGUCGUUGAGGAACCUGCAGAAUGCCAAUCUUGCACGUGUGCAGGUGAAGGUGCAAUGAACUGUGUAGAUCUAGCGUGUCCCGCUCUGAGUUGUGCUGCUAACGAGGUACAGGCUCAGAAGGAUGAUUCUUGCUGUGGUUACUGUGCAGCUGAUUGGGUCAAGGCAAUAAACCCGGAUGUGAAAGUGAACAAAGGACAGACAAUAGCUCUUACAUGUGAAAUUGAUGUGAACGGAGUGUUGAAAAGAGACAUCACAUGGUCAAAAGAUGGGUCUCCAAUAACGGCAGGAAUUUCAGAAGACAAGUUGGUACUGAAGGUACGCAACGCAGAUGCUCCAGAUAGUGGAGCAUAUUCCUGCCAAGCUGUGAAGAACGGAAAAUCAGAUACUGCCGACUUUAACGUUGCUGUUGAGAUACCUGUAGUUCCCAGGGUGACAGUCAGUCCUGCUAAGUCGAUCUUGAAUUGCAAGAAAGGCAAAAGAGGGUGUAAAGUUCAGUUCAAAGUCAAAACUACAGAUGGCUCGGAAGUUACCAAAAAGAUGGUUCAGAUAUGUAAGUUAGAGAAUGGUGUCCGAAGCCAGUGCAAGAAAGGAAAAGGCAAAAAAGGCUCAUUCAAGCUUAAACUCAGCAAGAAUGUGGAGGAUAGCAGUUACAUUUGUGUGGUUACACUUGAUGGUAAAGAAUAUGUCUCUGACGCAGCAUCAGUAAAAGUCCAAUAGUGGGGUUGUGGUAGAUAAAAAGAAGACGUCUUGGACGGUGAUGGUAAUAGUGCGACUAACUAAUACCAUACAAAAACUUUAAAAAGAAAACUGAAAAACCUGACAGCCUUUGCAGAGAUAAAGAAAUCUGUUUACGUUUAGAUCAGAACAAUGCAUUAAAAAUACAAAAAAAUUAGCUACCUAUUUAUCGUAUUUAUGCAAAAAAUAACUUAUGAAAAUUCUAUUUUUCUAAAAUUUAGCUUUAUUGUUUAACAUAAGGGUUCGUUUGGAAUUAUUGUCACAAUUAUAUUUAUAAUUAUAAUUAUAUUUUAUCUAA